CUCAUUGUAUUUAAUAGUAGAUGCCAAACGGGCAAUAUUGAGAAUAUUUAUUAAGAAAUUCAUUCAUUGGGAUUUGGUGAUAUUGGUAAUUAUAAUGCCGGACCAGGCAGACUGUUUUAAAAAUAUCCAGAACCCACGAAAUGAGAAAACUCCAGGAUCAAUACCACAAAACUCCGAGGUGGUAAGCCCGGGUGUAACCGCGGCACACAAAAGGCGAAAGACAGAGGGUGAUGCCGAACUGACUAGCGAAAUGAUGGGCCGCAACAUGACGAAGUUUAGCCAACCUUUGGAGAAACAACCUGGUAACCAUGACAACGGGAAGGCAUCUUCCAAUGCCGCGUUCUCUAUCGAGAAGAUACUGUCACCUGCUUGCCAUUCCAAUGAUGCAGUUCAUGCCUCUGCUGGGCCGACGGAACCGGCCGAAAUAACCACACCGACCGGUCGACCGUCUCUUACUCCUCGAGCUCAAGCUCCGGAAGGGAAGAAACGAAUGAGGAACGAUUCAGAUAACACAGACGGAGCUGAUGAGUCGAGUGCCGAUCUUAUGCCCGCUGAUAAGUGGUACGACACUCUACUCUGGCAACAACACCAGCAACUUUACCAGCAACACCUUGCGGCGGCUUCUUCGUUAUAUCAUCCGCCGCACUUUCCGACCCAUCCUCCAGUACCAGAGAAGGGCAUCCAUCCAUCCUUCGGCCCGGCGAUGCCCGGGAGGAUGCACCCCUUCAACUGCCUAUGUGCAGGACAGAUGAUGUAUGAUCAACCUUAUUUCUUGUUAACACCCGCGGGAUACAGCAUACCCUCCCCGUUCGAGCCCGACCACCACUACUCGUCGUUGCGCUACUGUCGACGUCGUAAAGCCCGCACCGUGUUCACCGAUUACCAGAUUCGGGGCCUGGAAGAGCGCUUCGUCCACCAGCAGUACCUAUCAACCCAUGAACGAGUUGAACUGGCCAAUGUUCUAUUUCUUACUGAGGCACAGGUGAAGACUUGGUUCCAGAACAGGAGGAUGAAGGAGAAGAAGCAAACCCGAGACCCCCUGCAUCCGUUUGACGGCGAUGAUGACGACGAAUGUGACGAUGAUGACGACGACGCCAAACUUGCACUUGAAGAGGGCAAUGAUGUCAGUGCUGAUUCAGACAGUGAUGGCGAUCCGUCCAAGAAUGGGGACACCAAUAACAAAUGAUAGAGGGCUUUGGUUUGGGGAGGGUACGUUAAGGCGACCGCACACCUUACGAUUGGUCUGCGACUCAAUGUUGGAAAAAAACGUAGUAAAAUUGAAUGCUAACAUUGAGACUUGGAAUGCCUUACUGUGUAAUGUUCUAAAUCAUCUUACGAAUACCUAUGUUCAAAUCUGUGACUAUGUUAUCAUCCUUCUUAGAAAAAAGCCAAUUUAAUAUCUAUUCGUAAUGACGUCAUAGCAGUCGUACGAUUUGUUACGAUUUGAAACUAAGUCGGCCUUUACUCCAAAAUAAAGAC